AUGGGUUCAAAAUGGAUGGCUACAGCCAUGCUAACCUGGCUUCUUGCUGCAGAUUCAGUCCACGGUCUGCCUAGACCUGACGGUACUGCUGCUGAGAUCUUGGAGCUGUCUGCGACUCAGCCCGAAACUGCGUUUAAGACUCAGUAUCCGCCCAAGAACGAGAGACUAGCAAUCGCUCCUGAUCAUCCGAUCUAUCGAACGGCGUUGCAAAACCAGGGUCAUUCUUCGCAACCUCCUUUCCCGCAGUUUGCACCACCUCCGGACGAGGUGCCCGAUUUUGACGUUGACAGCUAUAUCAACGGUCUCGACAGCUUUUUGGAUUUCGACUCCGACUCGGUGCCUGUUGAGCAGCCUGAGGGUACGCCUGCUGUAUCUGCCAGACCGGCACAAACAGCACCACCGGUUGCGCCAGUUGCGCCCUCGGAGACAUCGAGCGCUGAUCCUGAGCCUGCGACUACUGCAGAGCCCGAGUCUACUUCUGCAGAGUCUGAGAUUACUACAGAGCCUGAGACUACGUCUGCAAAGCCUGCGACUACUACAGAGCCUGUCACUACGCCCGUUGAACCUGCCCAGCCGGUCACUACGCCGGUUGAGUCGCUCACGACGCCUGUGGAGUCGGCCACUACUUCUGUAAAACAGACUUCCUCUUCCGCAAGUGCAGGGGCUAUAGCAGAUCAGUCACACAGCAUGAAUAAUCAGGACAUCUUCAAGCCUGUUGCGACUAACGCUCCACCGGCGAACAUCGAGGUCCGCCAUGACCACCCGGUCCAGAACCAACACGCCAACACCACGGCUCCUAUCGAAACCAACAAGUACUAUGCAGGAUUAUUCCUUGGAUCGCAGACCAAUGCUAGUUUCACUCAGCCUUACUCCAUUGCCUGGUCUCGCGGGGCUGGAACUCUUAAGAGCUGGGGCAUGUCAGUCUCUCACCUCGAGGAGAAUGUGCUGGCCUUUGGCCCCAAGAACGAUAAGCUUCCCGGGGAGCCUGUUGAGUUCUACAUCAACCCUGUCGGACUUCAGCACAUCAUUCUGUCAGCAACCGAGCUCGAUGAGUCGAGCACCAUGAGCGUUGACGACCCCAAGGCAUUUUCUGCCCAUGCGGUCCUGAGGCGCUCUGGUGGAUCUGUCCAGGAGAUAAGGUUCCCUGUGGUCCAGGGUAUGGGCUACGUGACUGGUGUCUACACUGACCUUCAACCCGUCAUCGAGAGUGGUGUCUUCUUCCGCAAUGUCGUCAAUGCUGGGUCUCCUAAGCCUGGUAUUUACAAGUAUGUGGCAACUCUUGAAGAUGAGACCAACUGGAUUAUCUAUGCCGCACCCAAUGAUGGUAAAGAUCCUGAAAUGAAGCUCGUCUCAAAGACAGCUCUGCGUGGCCCACAUGGAUUUUCUGGCUCUAUCCAGGUUGCCAAGAACCCUGCUGGCAAGUCGGGUGAGAAGUUCUACGACAACUCUGCCGGUGUCUAUGCCAUUGCCGGCCAGGUCAGUGGCUCUGUGACUGGUGAUGUUGGCACUUACAGCAUGUCGUGGAUCAAGGCAGGAACCCACGCCAAUGCCUCUCCUCUGAUCAUGUUUGCCCUGCCUCACCACACUGACUCGUUCGACCGUAACACGGCUGGUCGCAAGACUGAUAUCCACCUGCGGACUACUACCAAGGGUAAUGCAACUGCCGUGAUUGGAGAGACCUGGACCUUGACUGAGCCCAAUCUCCCCAUCGACAUGGGCUUCGCACCAUGGACCACUACCAAGGGCAGCGUUCACACGUUCUCUUCAGCCGUCCAACACGCUAUCCUCCAGGUUGCCCCGACUGAAAUUAACCAGGACAUUAAAGAACAGAGCAAUCUGAACAGCAUGUACUACAGUGGCAAGGCUCUGAGCAAAUUUGCUAUCUUGAUAUACACUGUCAACCAGCUCGGUAACAAUGUCGGCAUGGGUGUCAAGGCCUUCCAUGAUCUGAAAGAGGCCUUUGCUCGCUUUACGAAAAACCAGCAGGAAUACCCGCUAGCCUACGACUCCGUCUGGAAGGGUGUCGUCUCCACUGCCGGUUACGAUGGUGACCUGAACCAGGAUUUCGGAAACACUGCUUACAAUGACCACCAUUUCCAUUACGGCUACUUCAUCCACGCGGCUGCCAUCAUCGGAGCCCUCGACUCGAAGUGGCUCGAUGAGAACAAAGACUAUGUGAAUAUGCUCGUCCGUGAUGCUGGAAAUUCCAUCGAGAACGACGCAUACUUCCCCUUCUCUCGUGGCUUUGACUGGUAUAACGGUCACUCCUGGGCUAAGGGUCUCUUCGAGUCAUUCGAUGGUAAGGAUCAAGAGUCCACUUCCGAGGAUACUAUGUUCGCCUAUGCCAUCAAGAUGUGGGGUCAGACUACUGGAGAUGCUAGUAUGGAAGCCCGAGGGAACAUGAUGCUAGGCAUUCUGCGUCGCUCCCUUGAUAGCUACUUCCUCAUGAAAGACAACAACAAGAAUCAGCCCGCGAACUUCAUUGGAAAUCGGGUUACUGGUAUUCUCUUUGAGAACAAGGUCGACCACACGACUUACUUCGGUAACAACCCUGAAUUCAUCCAAGGAAUUCACAUGCUACCUCUCCUUCCACACACUGCAUACACCCGCCAGAAAGACUUCGUGCGCCAGGAGUGGCAAUCCUUCUUCUCCGAUAAUGCCUCCACUCCCGCCGCUAAUGUCGAUGGAGGCUGGAGAGGCGUCCUAUAUGCCAACCUUGCCCUGGUCGACCCCGAAGCCGCGUGGAAAUUCUUCGCCGCCGACGACUUCGACUACAGCUUCAUCGACGGCGGUGCCACGAGAACAUGGUACAUGGCGUUCGCAGCAGGCCUUGGCGGAGGCUCUAUCAGCGGUGUUUGA